AUGGGGCUCCCACCCCAUGGAGUGGUGCCAUUGGGAGCUGGCGGUUUGAAGAGUUCAUUGCCAAAUUUUAAACAAAAUGAAUUUUCUUUUGCUUGACAACAUGAGGAAUUUAUCUGGCUUCAUGAUUCCUUCAUUGAAAAUUCAGACUGUGCAGGUUACAUUAUCCUGCCAGCACCACGAAGACCUGAUUUUGAUGCUUCACAGGAAAAGCUACAGAAACUUGGAGAAGGGGAAGGGUCGAUGACAAAGGAGGAAUCCACAAAGAUGAAACAGGAGCUGGAAGCUGAGUAUCUGGCAAUAUUCAAGAAGACAGUUGCCAUGCAUGAAGUGUUCCUGUGUCAUGUUGCAGCACAUCCUAUUUUGAGGAAAGAUUUAAAUUUCCAUGUCUUCUUGGAAUAUAAUCAGGAUGUGAGUGUCAAAUCAAUGAAUAUGGCAGAAAAACUUGAAGAUUUUUUUAAAAACAUGGUUAAAUCAGCAGAUGGAGUAAUUGUUUCAAGGGUAAAGGAUGUAGAUAAUUUCUUUGAACAUGAACGGACAUUCCUUUCAGAUUAUCAUACCCAAGUUAAGGAUGCAUCUGCUAAAUCUGACAGGAUGAUAAGAUCUCACAAAGGUGGUGGGGAUGAUUGCAAUAGAAUUGGAUCGUCACUGUAUGCUUUAGGAACUCAGGACUCUACAGAUAUAUGCAAGUUAGGAUUAGACUAUGAGGGGUGCGCAGGGAUCUCAGGGCGUCCCCUGCGCACACCUGGAGAUGCGGCGGGUCUGGUCGCGCACCGCAUCGCUGUCCGCCGCUGGGGUGCUGAAGUUCUCGCACUAGCGUGGCGCAAGUCCCCUGCGCACACCUGGAAGGCAGCAGGUCCCACGGCGUCUGCUCUGCGUUCUCCGCCGCUUUCCCGCUUCUCUGUGGGUCUCCGCUACCGGGGCUUGCCCGGCCGGGUUCCACCCUAA